AUGGUGUUGGCCAAGGUGCUCAGUAGCACCCUGUUGGGCGUUGACGCCUAUCGCGUUGAGGUGGAGGUCGAUUUGGCCAACGGCCUGCCGAUGUUUACCACGGUGGGGCUGCCCGACGCCUCCGUGCGCGAGAGCCGCGACCGCGUCAAGGCGGCCAUGGCCAACUGCGGUUUUCCCUUCCCGCUGCGGCGCAUCACCGUAAAUCUGGCCCCGGCGCAUCUGCGCAAGGCGGGCACGGCCUUUGACCUGCCGAUUGCCCUGGGUGUGCUGCAGGCGGCAGGAUACAUCCAGUCCGAGAUGCUCGCUCGCUAUCAGGUUGUCGGCGAGCUGUCGCUCGAUGGCCGUGUCAAGGCCGUCGCCGGCGCCCUGCCGAUGGCGGUCGGGGCGCUGGAAUCGGGUGUGGACGGCAUGGUGGUGCCGCUUGAGAACGCCGCCGAGGCGGCGGUGGUGGAAGCCGUGCCGGUGUUCGGGGUCGAGACCCUGGCGCAGGCGAUCGGUUUCUUCAACGGCACCGAAUCCCUGUCCCGCACGGUCAGCGACGUGAACACCCUGUUCGAGAACAAGGCGGUGUAUGCGGAGGACUUGGCCGACGUCAAAGGCCAGCAGCACGUCAAGCGCGCCCUGGAAGUCGCCGCGGCCGGUGCCCACAACAUGCUUUUGAUCGGCCCACCCGGUUCCGGCAAAUCGUUGAUGGCGCGCCGGCUGCCCUCCAUCCUCCCCGACAUGGAGUUGUCGGAGGCCAUCGAGACCUCGAAGAUCCACAGCAUCGCCGGCCUGCUGCACCGCGACCAGGCCCUCAUCGCCACGCGUCCCUUCCGUUCCCCCCACCACUCGACAUCCGAUGCGGGGCUGAUCGGCGGCGGCACGAUUCCGGGGCCGGGGGAGGUCAGCCUCGCGCACAACGGCGUGCUGUUCCUCGACGAACUGCCCGAGUUUCGCCGCAGCGUGCUGGAGGUGUUGCGGCAGCCGCUGGAAGACGCCCAGGUGACCAUCGCUCGCGCCUCCAUGGCCCUGACGUUUCCGGCCCGCUUCAUGCUGGCGGCGGCGAUGAAUCCUUGCCCGUGCGGCUACAGCACCGACCCGCAGCGUGCCUGCCACUGCUCGGCGUAG